UAUAUCGGAACAUAAUUAAGACAUGAUCACCAUUGUUCCCCACAGCUAGCUUCUGCAUCUUCUCCUCAGAAUUAGAUUCAGCAUCUAAGGCGCUUUCUGUCACUUAUUCAUGCUUUAAUCUAAAUCCUCUUCUUGUUUCCUCGAUCGCUCCAACUUUAAGUGCAGAUAUGACAGCGUUCAUAAGUUUUCCAUUUUCUAUAUAGAAGUGCAUCAAAUCCGGAAUUUCUGGAUACUAAGAGAAUUUCGCUGGGUUGAAAGAUUUUGGAGACCUUAUUCUAUAAUUUGGGACUUUGUAAGCUUUAGUUAUGAGUCGUCGUUGGAAUUCUCGAGGGAACGGGCGAGUAAGCUGGGACGUGGAUAUUGAGCGGCAAGGUCCCAAGAAUGAUGGUACUGGUUCGGAAAAAAAGGCAUCAAUAAAAAUGGCAAUUGGGCAGGUCAAUCACCCUUUGAUGAUGAAAAAUAUUUCAAAAACGCCGUGGUGGUUGCAUCAUGAGUACUUCCAUUGGGAUGUGGCGUUUUUAGUGGUGUGCGUAGUUGCAAUAGCAGUGGACCCGUUGUUCUUUUAUCUUCCUGUCAUUGAAGACAAAUUCAACGAGGAUACCAAAUGCAUUCGUUUAAAUACCAAUUUGGAAAUCAUUGCUAUUUGUGUGCGAUCGUUCCUGGAUUUGAUUGCUAUUGGGGAUCUAAUUGCAAGAAAAAUAAAUAAUUACCCUGACAUGAAGUGUUCAGACUACGUAAUUAACAUUCUCAGCAUUCUCCCAUUUCCGCAGGUUAUAGUGCCAAUUAUAUUUUCAGAAAUGAGAGAUUAUGAAGCCCGGUUUGAAAGGAGAUUUCUAAAUGCCGUUGUUCUGUUGCAAUAUGUGCCAAGAAUUUUCCGUAUCUACAGGUUGUGGAAAAUAGUCAACGAGACUAUCAUCCUACCGAAAAGUAGUGUGAAUGGAGAAAGCAACAAGAAUAUGAAAGGUCUUAUAGUGAUGAAAGCUGGAUUCAAUCUGUUUCUGUAUCUCGUUGCCGGUCAUGUACUGGGUGCUUUUUGGUACUUCUUCUCCAUCGAACGAGAGACCACGUGCUGGCAGCUGGCUUGUCGUCGGCAUGAUACCAAUUGUAGCAAGACUUCUUUUAGAUGUCAUGGUGGCAUUGAUAACAAUAUUUUAAAUACUUUUUGCUCUAUAGAAAAAGUUGAAAAACCAAAUAUCACUCUCGUUGAUUUUGGAAUAUUCCAAGAAGCCCGUGAAUCUGGUACACUGCUGGCAUCCAGGGAUUUUCCGGAAAAGGCCGUGUUCUGUUUCUGGUGGGCCCUGCGAAAUUUGAGUUCAUUUGGCCAAAACCUUAUAACAAGUCCUUUUUACUUGGAAAACUGGUUCUCAAUUUUAAUCGGGAUAUUUGGCUUGCUUCUUUUUUUAUAUUUCAUCGGAAAUUUGCAGCUUUACAUGCAGUGGGGGACAUCUAACGAGUUGGAUGAGAUUUUAAAGCGGUCAAAAUCUAGGCAGCGUUAUGAGACAUUUAAGCGGUGGAAUUCAUCUAAGCAGUACUACUUGAACUAUAUGGGAGAGGAGGAUAAGGCUGCAAACAUCAAGAGAACUAAACUACGUAGCAUCGAGUGUUGGAUAAGCUCAAUCGGACUCUCUAACCAGUUAAAACAGAUGAUCAUGAGUUAUGUGACACCAAUAGUACUAGAAGAUGAAAACAAACAUAUUGAUACAGAAAAUCCAUUCCCUCAUCUUCCCACAACAUUUAGAGGAUUGAUUAAACUUGAUCUCUGCUUGCCCUUGCUAAGGAGAGUGCCCAUAUUCGAAGACGAAAGUGAAGAAUUGUUGUAUGAGAUUACCUAUAAGUUUCUCAAGCAAGUGCACUAUAAUCAAAGCGGCUAUAUUGUUCGAGAGGGAGAACCAUUGGAUGCGCUAAUCUUCAUAGUGAAAGGAAUUGCGUGGACGUAUACAAGUAAUCAUGGCAAUAAAGCUGAUUGUCUUAAGGCAGGUGACCUCUUUGGAAGACAUCUUGUAGAUUGGGUGCUGGAAUCCCCCACACUAUCUGACAUUCCCUUAUCGACAAGGACUCUCAAAUGUCAUACAAAAGUUGAAGGGUUUUAUCUUUUGGCUACCGACCUCAAGGAUAUAAUGUCUCAAUUCUGGUGGAAAUUUAGCAAGUUCAGACACAUGAUCGCCCAAUCUGACUCGGAACAACUAAAACAUUUUGUAGCUUCAUCCAUCCAAGCAGCAUGGCGCCGCCGCGCCAUCCAUCCUCAUAAAGUACUAAAAUAAGGCUAUCAAAUCUGGCCAUGCUGUUGGCUAAGGCCACCGUCACCAACAGCUCUCCAAGUUUAGGUAAUUUUACCACUUAAUCCUAUUGUUAUAUGGUUAGUAGGAAACCACGAAUACAUAAUUGUAUAAUAAUAAAUGAAAGCCAUAAUAUUGUUGCUCAUUAUCAAUUUGAGAAAGGAAAAAGUAGGCUGGCUCACACCUUCAAAUUAUUGGAUAUUGUAUUUUAAUAUUCUGCACGUCCAUUAUCCUUAAAAUCUUGAUAGUUGGAUA